GUUGGUCCGUACGGUACAGGUAUAGCGGGGGAAGAGUUGAUAAGUGAGAGGUUGCACGUAGCGAGCACACUCCAUCCCCGACCCUCGCACGGCACACACGCAGUUGCACCACCACCACCACCACCACCACCAUGCCCAACUGCCCCAAGUGUAGCAAGCCGGUGUACUUCGCCGAGCGCAAGACCUCCCUGGGCAAGGACUGGCACUCGGCGUGUCUGCGCUGCGAGAAGUGCAACAAGACCCUCACGCCUGGCAGCCACGCUGAGCACGACGGCAAGCCCUACUGCAACACCCCCUGCUACAGCGCCCUCUUCGGCCCUGGCGGUUACGGCCGCGGGGGCACCGAGAGCUUCCAGUACAAGUAAAGAAGAUGCCAGAGGGAUGCAAGGCUGUGCUGGCUGACUUCCUGGCUGCCUGAGUGACACGCCUACUACUACUACUACUACUACUACUACUACUGCUACUACUACUGCUACUACUACUACUACUACUACUGCUACUACUACUACUACUACUACUACGACCACCACUACCAGUGUCGCCGUCGCCGCAGCCGUAUGAGCCUUGCAACUUUAUCGUAGUGUUUAGUUUUAUGUUUAAAAAUGGCAUGUUCGUAGAUAUAAUGCUAACUCAGUGUUGUAAAUUGUGUUUCUUUUUGAAUCGUUUGAAGAUCAGUAGGCUUUUGUUGUCAGAUUAGAUUAGAUUGCCUUGCUAAUAGGGGUUUAGAUCCUGUUGCUAUCGUAAAGGACAGUUUAUGGUAGUUUAACGUUGAAGUGUUGGUUGUCUAAUCAUUUGGCUUUGAGUAAUGUAAUGAAGUACAAUGUAAUAUCGUAGCAUAACGUCUGAGUGUAAGCAUAAGUUGCAGUAGAGCCAUGUAUUUAAUUUGAUAAGGUUUGAUUCGCACUGUAGCGUUGUAUGUGAAAGCAUAUAGCCCGGCAUGCGAACAUCAAGAACGUAGUUUUAAAAGUAUAUCGACGCCUCAGUUCGCCUGUUGGAAAAGCCUCUCUUAGAAGUUCCUGGGAUUUUCAUGGACUCUUUUAGACAACUUCUGCAUUCUAAACAGGAAAAUUAUACAUGAAAACCCCGUUAAUCUUCUCUGUGGCCUUUGAAAAUAGUCGUAACGGGAGCCCGAUACGUGUAAGAAUACGGACCUUAGCCUCUUGCUUUAUUAACUGUGGCCUCAAGGGGUUGUUGAGGGAACGUAGCGCCAGUUUGCAAUACAUAGUUACUUAUACCUUU